CCUCGUGUUGCUCUAUUUUCCUAGGGACAAUUACCCUAUUUUGCAAAGCGAUUAUUAUUGUAAUCCGUCGCGAUCGGAUUAUCAAUUUGAUAAAAAUACUGCAAGAGGAACCUUGUAAAGCUUGUAACGAGGAGGAGAUUAAUAUCCAUAUUAAAUUCGAUCAUUUAAUCAGAUCACGUUCCAUGCCUUAUAUAAUCUUAUGUACGAUCUCGCUGAUAGGCACUAUAAUUGGAGGAAUACUUUAUAUAUUAGAGGGCGUAAUACCCUAUGGAUUCGUGUGGGUACCUUGGGAGUGUACUUCGUUCUUUUUAUUCUAUUUUACGUCUCUUCAAGAGAUCGCAGCUGUGACUAUUGGCAUUAUUGUAAACAUCGCGACAGAAACUACAGUUUUAGGAUUUUGCUUGCAAACAUGUGCAAGAUUCGAAAUUCUAAAUCAUCGCCUUCAGAGAAUGAUAAAAGGUGAGAAGGAAGACAUGCGAAAAAGUUCAGUGAACAAUACAAGCAGAUUAUCAAAAUACGUUUCCUUUCAUCUUUGUAUAAUCAGACUUGCUGAAAUGAUCAACGAUGUGUUCAGUCCAGUCAUCUUCAUUCAAUUUUGCAUCAGUAUUUUGAUUUAUGUUUAUUGCUGGGCUGGCAACGAAGUUACACUUAAGAGUGUUGAAUUAGGUGAAGAGAUAUAUCAUAUGGAUUGGAUAUUAAUGACAAGAAGCGAACAACUGGAUCUACUAAUGAUUAUGAAGCGCAGCACAAAACCCAUCAAAUUCACUAGCAGUUUUUUAGUAACACUGUCUUUGGAAUCUUAUAGCAAUCUUCUGAAAACGACUUUCUCUGCAUUUAACCUUUUGCAACAAUUGUAAAUGUGUUAUUUGUAUCCUUUGAUAGUACAUUGUAUGUAUACAGUAAUUAUGAGUAAAUCAUUUAUUGCAUAUGA